GACAUGUCGAAUAGAUGUCAUGAGUUAAGUAGGCAACUGUUUGCUACGGUAUCCAAGUAAUCUGUAAUUGUAUUUUGAAGACCAACAGAGGAUAAUCUUUUAAUGAUAAGUUCGCAAUUGAUCGACUCUGAAAAAAAUGGAUACGGUUUAUUAUAACAAUCCCAUUAGGCAACGUAUAAAUAAAAUCUUUGAUAGCCACAUCAUAACAGAUAACAGUGAAGCUUUGUAUACAGUUUCUGGAUUAUGUUCGUCUAACUCAGCAUAUACAAGAAGAGUUCUUGUAAACGAAAUAGAAAAGAGAGACUUACUGGUCAACAAAACAAUUUUAACAGAAUUCAGCAAAGUCAAAGAUAAAUUGCAAGGAUUAAUUGAUUCCCUAAAUUCUCUAGAUGUUUCAGUUCAAGACAUGUCCAAUAGGCUCCAGGAAUCAAAAACAAAAACCCAUCACAUCAUUGCUCGAACAACAAAACUCAAGGAUGAGAGAAUAAGAACCAAAAAGAAAUUACUUUGGGUUAAUACUUUUGUGAAUAAUUUUAAUUUAUCACCGGAUAAAAUAAGAAGUCUUUUUAAUGUUUCACCAUUAACAAAUGACUUUUUUUCUUCAUUGUCUGAUAUUGAAAAACUUAACAAUAAUUGCAGAACACUUGUCCGAUGUUGGUAUCAAACACCAGCAUUUGAUAUUAUGGAAACCAUAGGUCUCCAACAGGAGGCAGCUAUUGAAAAAUUGUAUCAUUGGACAAUUGGAGCUUGCCUUAUUGUUGAUUCUCCAAAUAAUGCCCUCGUACCUAAAGCUUUGGCAAAAUUUGAAAAUAGGCAAGUUCUUUUCGGCAACAUAAUAGAUGAGUACUGCAAUGCAAGAAAAGCAAUUGUUGUACAACUGUUCAUUGAUGCUUUGACUAAAGAAGAGGAAAAUGGAUCCAAGCCAAUAGAAUUUUAUGCUAAUGAUGCUAAGCGAUACAUUGGAGAUAUAUUGGCUUGGGUCUACCAAAUAAUACCUCAAGAGAAAGAAAAUCUUUGCACCCUUCUCAAACAUUGUACUCUGCCUGAUAAAGAGGAAAAAAUAACAGAGGCCCUGACAAAUAUUAUGGAAGCUUUAUGUCCCUUAUUAAAUGUCAGAGCUGAACUGAUACUUAAACCAGACAAAGAUCCAUUAAUACUAUGGUCUAUAACAAAUCUAAUACUUUACUAUGAAGAUAUUAUAAAAGCUAUUAUAAGUAAAGGACAUAUGGUAGAUACCCUAAGUGAACUGUCAAGGAAAAGUGAAGAAGUAUUUAUUUUGACCUUAGACAGUAAAAUACAAAAAGAACUAAGCCAUGGUGUGAAAGCGCCUCCAUCGGACUUAAAUCCAUCAGUUGUUGUCACAGAUUUAGUUAGCUUUUUAAGGGAAUUAAUGAAUGUGUCAAACACACACAAGACAGAUAAGAAAAUAAUUAUUACACAUAUACUAGAUCCAUUGCUUCAUGCCAUAAAUGAAACAGCAUGUCACUUGAGUUCCUCCGAUAUGUCAGUUUACAUGUUAAAUUGUAUUUAUCAUAUACAAUGUACUUUAUCACUCUACACCAUUUUAGAUGAAUAUAAUGAGAGACUUCAGGCUCAGUCUGAGGCACAAAUAGACACCCUAACUUCAGAACAGGCCAGUUAUCUUGUAGCCAAUUUAAACAUGGGCCCCAUUUAUACAAUGCUUCAAGAGAAAAUAGAUGGACCUCUAUCGGCCAUACCCGGCAUGGAUACAACAUCACUCAAAUCAUUUUUAAAUAAAUUCGACAUGUUUCUAGUUACACCGCAUUUAUAUAUGCUACCACAAUUAAACCUACUUAUAAGUCAAACUCAUAAGUUAUUUGUUAAGAAACGGGCUUUUGAAGUUAUAUUAGCCAUAUAUGAACAACUUUAUCAGGCCGUAAACGAACCGAGCAAUGGCUAUAUGGAUCCUCAGUUAAUAGUGCGUAGGACGCCGGAUGAAGUGAAAAAACUGCUUAUGCUGAAAGGAGGCUGUGUGGUACACUUUCAGCGGAUAAAAACGAAAUUUUAUUUAAGGAAUUUGGGGAGAAUUAUAAUAAUGAACCAGAAAUAUUUAAAAGAGGUACAUUGCUAACCAGGAAAUGCAUAACAGAUGAAGAGUCAAAGAAAUCUGUUAAGAUCAUUGCAGAUGUACAUGAUGAUAUGUUAAAAAAUAAUUUCUGGCAAGAAUUCAGUGGACACUUAAUAAAGCCUAAAAACCUUCUUGCUCACAAAGGAUCAAUGACAGAUAUGAUAAAAGAACAAAUAUGAUUUAUGUCUUUUUAGUUGAAAAUAAAAUGCAUAUUAUUUUU